AUGUUCUUCUCUUCGCAAAUUUUCCUUCUAUCACAUUCUGCCAAGUCUCUCCGACCAACGACGUCAUAUCUAUCCCCGCGAACAUUUCAAAAACAGUUUCCUAUUUUCGCAUAUCCACGUCAAAUAACAACCAUGUCGUCUGCUACAUCUUUCUUCGACUUUGAGCCUGUUGAUAAAAAGGGCGCACCCUUCCCCCUCUCCUCGUUGAACGGCAAGGUCGUUCUAGUCGUAAACACAGCCUCGAAAUGUGGCUUUACACCCCAGUUUGAGGGUCUCGAGAAGCUCUACCAGAACCUGAAGACCCAGUAUCCCGAAGACUUCACCGUCAUCGGAUUCCCGUGCAACCAGUUCGGCAACCAGGACCCUGGCUCGGACGAUGAUAUCCAGUCUUUCUGUCAGCUUAACUACGGUGUCACCUUCCCCGUUCUUGGAAAACUGGAUGUGAACGGCGCAAACGCUGCACCUGUGUGGACUUUCCUGAAGGAGCAGCAGCCUGGGCUCCUGGGCCUGAAGCGCGUCAAGUGGAACUUUGAGAAGUUCCUUGUCUCCGCCGAUGGAAAGGUUGUUAACCGCUGGGCUUCCAUUACCAAACCUGAGGGACUCCAGGAUACCAUUGUGAACGAGAUCGAGAAGGCGAAGAAGGAGGGAACUCUUGCUUCGCUCAAGAAGAGUGAGGCUGGUGCUGAGCAGGCUAAGCUGUCGUAA